AAAAAAAUGAUAUCGACUUUAAAACCAUCUUCAAGUACAAAACGUACAAAAAAACCAAAACCUUUAUUUCAAUCAAAUACUACAUCAUCACUUGGUUCAGGAACUACAGUUCCUUUAUCUUCUUCUAUCAUUUCCAACAAUCAUCAUACAGUUUCCCGUGGCAGGCCACGUUCGAAAUCAGUAGGUAAACAUGCAGAUCAACGAACUAUAGCAAGACAACAAACUUUUGAUAAGUUAUGUGGACAAACCACUCCUCCACCAUUACCACCUAUUCCAAAACAAACAACUUCAACCCCCACUCGUCGUUUAAGGAAAUACGCCUCUGCACAUGACUUGGAAAAACCACAUAACCAACCACCACCACCAUUACCAAUAUCACCUCAUCCUCUUAAAAAACAACCACCAUUACCUUCUACACCUCGUCAUACUAAUAUAAAAUAUAAUGAUGAUGAUGAUGAUGAUAUUCCUUUAGCAGCUACUCUUCGACGAUUACCACAAUCUCCUCGUUCACCUUAUUAUUAUCAUACAAAUACUUCAUUAUUAAAUGAUGAACAAGAAGAUGAUGAUGAAGAUCUUGUCCCUAUUGCUCGACUCAGAUUAACUGAUGAUAAACCUUCUUCUUUCUUAAAAUCAGCUGCUGACAAGUAUAAAGAAAAAGUAAAGGAACGAUUGCAUCUAGAUGAAUAAAAAAAAAAAUCUUUUCAAACUCUUGAUUGGGUUUGUGUCAAAUAAUUCUAUUUUCAUUUUUUUUAUGUAUGUCUCCGCUACUCCCUUCCUCUUUCAAGUUAGAAAUUCUUUUUUUUUUUUUU